GUGUACGACAACUUGAAAUUAUGUGCUGCUUUGGCUGUAUGUCUGUUCUUGCCAACUACUUUGUCUUUAUGACCUUCUUUCCAGCUUGUGUGUCCUUGGUAUUAGAGCUUUCGAGAGAGAGUCGUGAAGGGCGUCCUAUAUGGCAGCUUAGCCAUUUUGCUCGUGUUCUGGAAGAAGAAGAAAAUAAACCAAAUCCUGUAACACAGAGGGUCAAAAUUAUUAUGUCGCUGGGUCUGGUUCUUGUUCAUGCCCACAGUCGCUGGAUAGUUGAACCAGCUGCUCAAAACAGUACUGUAGAAAAUGCAGUGGGAUUGGAUGAGAAUGCACCGAAGAGAAUUGAACCUAAUGUUUCGUUAUGGCAGUUCUACAUUUCUCGAAUGGCCAGUAUGGAUAUUGAACAAGUAAUCACUCUUGGAUUAGCCCUUCUCCUUGCUGUCAAAUAUAUUUUCUUUGAGCAAGCAGAGACUGAAUCCACACUCUCACUGAAAAAUCCUAUAGCAUCUCCAGUGAUGGUCCAGAAAAAAGUCCCUGAGAACUGUUGCAGGAAGCAAUCUGGACCUCUGAAAAAGAAUCAGAUAUCUAACACAGUAGAAGACGCUUUAGAUCCCAAAGAUGGAAAUGCUGAAGUAAUAAAACCUGUAUUAGCCGAGUCAUCAACCAUGGCUACAUUUGUAGUUGGCAGUUGCAACCCUGUGGAAACUUCUUCAUUUCUUAAUAGAAAAGAGGAAGAAGUUGAUUUACCUAAAGAACCACGUUCUAUUGCGGAAUGUGUUUGUAUACUUGGAAAUGCAGAGAAGGGAGCAAAAUUCCUUACUGAUGCUGAGGUAAUCAGCUUAGUUAAUGCUAAGCAUAUUCCUGCAUACAAACUGGAAACCAUGAUGGAAACUCAGGAGCGAGGUGUAUCCAUUCGCAGACAGAUGUUAUCUAAGAAACUUCCUGAACCUUCAUCUUUGCAAUAUCUUCCUUAUAGGAAUUACAAUUAUUCUUUG